AUGCCUCGAAGGAAGAGGAAUGCAGGCAGUAGUUCUGAUGGAACCGAAGAUUCCGAUUUCUCUACAGAUAUUGAGCAUACAGAUAGUUCGGAAAGUGAUGGGACAUCCCGGCGAUCUGCUAGAGUUACUCGCUCCUCAGCCAGGCUGAGUCAGAGUUCUCAAGAUUCUAGCCCGGUUCGGAACUUGCAGUCAUUUGGCUCUGAAGAGCCAGCCUAUUCCACUAGAAGAGUGACUCGUAGUCAACAGCAGCCCACUCCUGUGACACCGAAAAAGUACCCACUCCGGCAGACCCGCUCAUCUGGCUCAGAAACUGAGCAAGUGGUUGAUUUCUCAGAUCGAGAUACCAAGAACACAGCAGAUCAUGAUGAAUCUCCACCCCGAACUCCUACUGGCAAUGCACCUUCCUCUGAAUCUGAUAUUGACAUCUCUAGUCCCAAUGUGUCCCAUGAUGAAAGUAUUGCCAAGGACAUGUCUAUGAAGGAUUCCGGCAGUGACCUGUCUCAUCGUCCUAAGCGCCGCCGCUUCCAUGAAAGCUACAAUUUCAACAUGAAGUGUCCAACACCGGGCUGUAACUCUUUAGGGCACCUAACAGGGAAGCAUGAAAGGCAUUUUUCCAUAUCUGGAUGCCCACUAUAUCAUAAUCUUUCAGCUGAUGAAUGCAAGGUAAGAGCACAGAGCAGGGAUAAGCAGAUAGAAGAGAGAAUGCUCUCCCACAGGCAAGAUGACAACAAUAGGCAUGCAACCAGGCACCAGGCACCAACAGAAAGGCAGCUUCGCUAUAAGGAGAAGGUGGCUGAACUCAGGAAGAAAAGGAACUCUGGGCUGAGCAAAGAGCAAAAAGAGAAAUAUAUGGAGCACAGACAGACCUAUGGAAGCACUCGGGAACCUCUCCUGGAAAACUUGACCAGCGAGUAUGACUUGGACCUUUUCCGAAGGGCACAAGCUCGAGCAUCAGAGGAUUUGGAGAAGUUGCGGCUGCAAGGCCAAAUCACAGAAGGCAGUAACAUGAUUAAAACCAUUGCCUUUGGCCGGUACGAGUUAGAUACUUGGUAUCACUCGCCCUACCCUGAAGAGUAUGCCCGCCUGGGACGGCUCUACAUGUGCGAAUUCUGUCUCAAAUACAUGAAGAGCCAAACAAUACUUCGUCGACACAUGGCAAAAUGUGUAUGGAAACAUCCCCCAGGGGAUGAGAUCUAUCGUAAAGGCUCCAUUUCUGUGUUUGAAGUUGAUGGCAAAAAGAACAAGAUAUAUUGUCAAAAUCUCUGCCUGCUGGCCAAGCUCUUCCUGGACCAUAAGACACUGUAUUAUGACGUGGAGCCCUUCCUCUUCUAUGUCAUGACAGAAGCUGACAAUACUGGCUGUCACCUGAUUGGGUACUUCUCCAAGGAAAAAAAUUCAUUCCUCAAUUAUAAUGUUUCCUGCAUCCUCACCAUGCCUCAGUAUAUGCGACAAGGUUAUGGCAAGAUGCUCAUUGACUUCAGUUAUUUGCUUUCCAAAGUAGAAGAAAAGGUUGGCUCCCCAGAGCGCCCACUGUCUGAUUUGGGCCUCAUCAGCUACCGGAGUUACUGGAAAGAAGUACUGCUUCGAUAUUUGCAUAAUUUUCAAGGCAAAGAAAUCUCUAUAAAAGAAAUCAGCCAAGAGACUGCUGUAAAUCCUGUGGACAUUGUUAGUACUCUGCAGGCCCUUCAGAUGCUCAAGUACUGGAAAGGGAAACACCUGGUUCUAAAGAGACAGGAUUUGAUCGAUGAAUGGAUAGCCAAAGAGGCAAAGAGAUCCAAUACCAAUAAGACCAUGGAUCCCAGCUGUUUGAAAUGGACCCCUCCCAAAGGAACUUAAACUGGCUGUGGAUCCUUGAGCCAGCGAACCCCCGCAGUAGGAAGCACCCUUGGGAUCUGUCUGUCCAUUUCUGUUGCUGUUGUGAUUGGCAUGUACAGUAUCCUUUGGGAAGGCCGUUCCCCCUUGGGACUGUCCUGGCUCCAACCCUUUGUGUAAACUGCAGACGCUGGUUCUGAGGAACUAUUGUUUCGGCCUCAGUGAGGUUGCCUGGAAUGCAUCUGUAUUGGACUCUUUUGAAGCUCCCACACAAGCACUGACCCAAGGAGUUCGGAUGUGGUACUGUACCUGUCCAGUCACUGGUUCUCCCCUCAUGUUUCAAGCCCCACACGGUUGUGUCGUGUCCUUUAAAACUGUCUGUACUAGUGCUCCUUCAAGUUGCAGAGCAGGAUCACUCCUGUUCCCUUUUGAACCCGGUUAUUUACACUUUGACAGUUCCCCAGGUCUCUUUUAGAGGGGCAGGAAGGAGGCAAAGAUGUAGAGUGUGGGGGAGAGGGCUGGGAUUAAACCACAUUGCAUUUUCACCCCAUUUUUUGACCUUAGCUCUCUUGUUUUGAUUUAAGGACUUCUAACACACUCUCACCUCCCACCCCUUUAAAAAAAUCCCUAUCAGGCUGACCAGGGUCAGGGGUAAGCGCCAGUGUAAGUGGAGGUUGGGGUAGAGGGGAAGACAAGUUAAACGGCGCAUGGAGAUUUUGUGCUCUACUUUGGGACCACUUCCAGGGAGGGCUUCUUGUUUUGAUGGAGGGGAGAGAACACUGGCUUCCCUGCCACACUGUUGGGGCAGUUCCCUGGAACCAAGAGCAGAAAUGACAGCCUUUCUAGGCCUUGCCCUCUUUCACACUAGCAGUCACUGAGACCAUUUCCAGUGUUCAUUCUUCACGUUGUGUCUUAGCUUAUUAUUCUUUGUAUUCUGGAUGGCUCUUUCCCCCCCUCCCCCCCAGCACCAUUCUGGCCCUGUGCAGCCCUUUGCCCUUCUUUGCAGGGUCAUAGCACAUGCUGGUGGUGGAAGCACGUGCAAAAUGCCUUUACUUUCACCCUGGUUGCAUUGACCUUGUCCCAGCAGCCAUAGGAGGAGGAAGAGACUGAACAAUCAUCUAGCGGCCACCACUGUCAUGGCCAUGCAAGUCAAAGUAAUAGCAUUCUCCCCCCGCCCCCAAUAUGGCUAGUUUGCUCCUCUGGUGGCAGCCACCCCCACCCCUGAGAACAGAAGCGCUUUUACCCCUACUCUGCCCCUAGCUCCUCCUACCCUCCCCCUUCCCUGCUCUUUCUGGUCUGCAGUUCACUUCUGGUUUUGAUGUUGUUAAAGUGAUUUGGGGAGGGAAUGAGCCACUCUGGCUCCCUCCUUGCCAGUCUCCAUAUGUGCUCUCUAUCUCUGAGCAGCCUUUGAUGUUUGCCAGGUCACCCCUGCCAGCCUGCUCUCCUGCAAUACUGUUGUCUUGGUGUGGAGCCCUCACCACAAGCCCUAACCUGUGGUCAGUCGUGCCUUGCUCCUGUCACUUCUAUACACUAUUUAUAAUCACCGUGGGUUUGUGGGGGGCUGGUUUCAAGCAUGCUCAGUGGCGGCUCCCCUCCUUUUCCUCCCAGCCCCAAGCUUCCGUGUCACUUUUGAAUGGCGAUUACAGAAGCAAGCUGGCUGGGGAUUUUCUCCUGAGGGGUAGAGGCCUUUCUUACACAGAAGCUGAACCCUUUUCCAGAUGUGGUAGAAUGUGCUGUUCUGUAUCUAUUUCUCAAUAAAGCAUGUUCUCUGCUCAAAA